AUGGGUCAUCGGGGCAUGUCCUGCGUCCCCCUGGGGCUCCUAUUUGGCUCCGUGCUCCUGGCGGCCUCGGCCCCGGCCACUCCCGAGCCUCCUGGCUGCAGUGACAAGGAGCAGCAUCAGGUGACCGUCAGCCACACCUACAAGAUUGACGUGCCCAAGUCCGCGCUGGUCCAGGUGGAAGCGGACCCUCAGCCCCUCGGGGACGAGGGGGCCUCACUCCUGGCCCUGGGAGAGGCUGGGGAACAGAAUGUCAUCUUCAGACACAACAUCCGCCUGCAGACCCCGCAGAAGGACUGUGCGCUGGCGGACCCCGUCCGGGACCUCCUGGCCCGGGUGAGGAGGCUGGAGGAGGAGGUGGCGGAGGUGAAGGCGCGGUGCCACGCCCAGCGUUGCUGCCAAGGGGCUGCCGGUGUGAGCCACCACUGCAGCGGCCACGGAACCUUCUCGCAGGAGACCUGCAGCUGCCGCUGCGAGCCGGGCUGGGAGGGCGCUGACUGCGCCACGCCCGCCUGCCCCGGGAACUGCAGCGGGCAGGGCGUGUGCGUGCAGGGCGUGUGCCGGUGCCACGAGGCCUUCACCACGGAGGACUGCAGCGAGCGGCGCUGCCCCGGCGACUGCAGCGGCCACGGCUUCUGCGACACGGGCGAGUGCUACUGCGAGGAGGGCUUCACGGGCCCGGACUGCGCGCAGGUGGCCGGCCCGCAGAACCUGCAGCUGCUCUCGGGCUCGGAGCACUCCCUGCUGGUGGGCUGGCGGCCCUCGGCGGAGGCGGACCACUACCUCCUGGGCUACCACCCGCUGGGGGAGGCGCUCUCUGGGCAGCCGGUGCACGUGCCCAGGGAGCAGCACAGCUACGACAUCCGUGGCUUGCUGCCUGGGACCGAGUACGUCGUCACCCUGCGCAACGUGAGGAAAGGCGUGUCCAGCAGCCCCCAGCACCUCCUGGCCACCACAGAUCUCGCUGCGCUGGGCACUGCUUGGGUGACAGACCAGACGGAGAGCUCCCUGGAGGUGGAGUGGGAGAACCCCCCAACCGAGGUGGACCAUUACAAGCUGCUGUACGGCCCCCUGACGGGGCAGGAGGUGGCCGAGGUCACCGUGCCCAAGAGCAGCAACCCCAAGAGCAGAUACGACAUCACCGGUCUGCAGCCCGGGACCGACUACAGGAUCACCGUUGUCCCUGUGAGAGGAGACCUGGAGGGCAAGCGGGUUCUCCUGACCGGCACCACGGACAUUGAUAGCCCGUCCAACGUGGUCACGGAUCAAGUGACAGAAGACUCGGCGGUGGUGUCCUGGGACCCCGUCCAGGCUGCCAUCGAUAAGUACGUGGUGCGCUACGCCUCGGCCGACGGGGAGACGCGGGAGACGGCGGUGCACAGGGAGCAGAGCAGCACCGUGCUGACGGGCCUGAGGCCGGGGGAGGCCUACCGCGUGCUCGUGUGGGCCGAGCGGGGCGGCCGGGCCAGCGGGAAGGCCGACGCCAUGGCCCUGACAGAAAUUGACAGUCCCCAAAACCUGGUGACCGACCGGGUAACGGAGACCACGGCCACCAUCUCCUGGGACCCGGUGCGGGCGGCCAUCGACAGGUACCUGGUGCGCUACACGUCUGCUGACGGAGACGCCGGGGAGGUGCCGGUGGGGAAGGAGCAGAGCGGCACGGAGCUGACGGGCCUGCGGCCGGGCGUGGAGUACACGGUGCAGGUGUGGGCCCAGCGGGGGGCCCGCGAGGGCCGCAAGGCCGGCACCUCCGCCGAGACAGAAAUUGACAGUCCCCAAAACCUGGUGACCGACCGGGUGACGGAGACCACGGCCACCAUCUCCUGGGACCCGGUGCGGGCGGCCAUCGACAGGUACCUGGUGCGCUACACGUCUGCUGACGGAGACGCCGGGGAGGUGCCGGUGGGGAAGGAGCAGAGCGGCACGGAGCUGACGGGCCUGCGGCCGGGCGUGGAGUACACGGUGCAGGUGUGGGCCCAGCGGGGGGCCCGCGAGGGCCGCAAGGCCGGCACCUCCGCCGAGACAGACAUCGACCCUCCCAGAAACUUGCGACCGUCUGGUGUGACACAGUCUGGGGGAGUACUGACCUGGACGCCCCCCUCUGCUCAGAUCGAUGGCUACAUUCUGACCUACCGGCUCCCGGACGGCACUGACAAGGAGGUGCGGCUCGGACAAGGGGAUCAGAGGUUUGAGCUGCAAGACCUUGAGCAGGGCGCCGCCUAUUCUAUCUCCCUGGUUGCCUUUAAGGGUGAUCGCCGGAGCAGGGGAGUGUCCACCGCCUUGUCCACAGUCGGUGCCCGUUUCCCACACCCCGCGGACUGCAGUCAAGUCCAACAGAACGGCGCUGCCGCCAGCGGCCUGCACACCAUCUUCCUGCACGGCGACCCCGGCUGGCCGCUGCAGGUGUACUGCGACAUGGCCACGGACGGCGGCGGCUGGAUCGUCUUCCAGAGGCGGAACACCGGGCAGCUGGACUUCUUCAAGCGCUGGCGGACCUACGUGGAAGGCUUUGGGGACCCCAGGAAGGAGUUCUGGCUUGGACUCGACAAGCUGCACAACCUCACCACUGGUACCCCGACCCGGUACGAGGUGAGGGUGGACUUGCAGACAGCCAACGAGUCUGCCUACGCCGUGUACGACCUCUUCCAGGUGGCCUCCAGCAAGGAGCGGUACAAGCUCACCGUCGGCAAAUACCGAGGCACCGCAGGGGACGCGCUUUCCUACCACAAUGGCUGGAAGUUUACGACCUUUGACAGAGACAACGACAUCGCCCUCAGCAACUGCGCCCUGACGCAUCAUGGCGGCUGGUGGUACAAGAACUGCCACUUGGCCAACCCCAAUGGCAGAUACGGGGAGACCAAGCACAGCGAGGGGGUGAACUGGGAGCCGUGGAAAGGACACGAAUUCUCCAUUCCUUAUGUGGAGCUGAAAAUCCGCCCCCAUGGCUAUAGCGGGGGGCACGUCCUGGACAGGAAGAAGCGGACCCUGGGAGAAAAUUCGAGAAUGUUCUGGUGA